AUGGAAAACGAGCCGCAGCAAAACGAAGAAGACCAAAAAUUGUAUUCCUUACUAUCAUCAUGGGAUUUACUUCAACUGUUUGAUAAGUUAAAAGAACAACAUUGUUAUAUACCGGUACUUAAAGUUAUAAAAGCACACCAAAUAGAGAAAAUACUCACAGAUGUUCCCAUAGGAUUAGCCAUAUUAUUUGAACAUUGUUUGGAAACUUGGAGAUCAGAAAUGAAGAUACCUCUAAAAUGUUCUACACCCGACAAUCUAAGCUAUAGUUCAGAAUUUUCCAGUUGCUCAAAAGAAAAUAAAAACGAAUUUAAAGAGGAUCUACAACUUAUACUAAUGAAGACCAAUAAUGGACAAAGUUUAAUUGAAUACUACAAGAAACAUAAUUCAUUUAAAGAAGCUCAAAGAAAACUCUUAAUAAACACAAUAGAAUUCUAUCGAACUUGCAAAAGGGGACGUAUUUAUGCUAAAGUAUGUAAUAUAAAAUCACAAAUGAAGAUUGCUUUAUCUGAGUCCACAACACCCACAUCGUCGUCAAGUUAUGAGGAGUCUCAAUUUGUGCCUGAAGAAGAUUACGAAACAAUAAGAAAUUCUUUGACAGAUGACAAGCUAAAUGAAGACGAAUAUAUGGACUAUUGGAAAAAAUGUAGCCAGUAUCGAUUUUCACAAAUAGAUAAAUGCAAAACUGCUGCAAAUAUUUUCAAAAUUUGGCCAGAGUACACAAACGCAAAUGGGAUUCGUAUGUUUGACAUUGAUUUUUCUAUCAAAUAUCCAAACUCUGGAAAUAUUCAUGAAAUCUGGGCAUUAAAAUCGAACAAUAUUGAGACUUUAUUAAAAGAGAAAAUUUCAGGAAAAAGCACAAAUGGAUUUAAUUUAAAUUCUAUAAAUGAGGAGACUAGAGAGAUAUACACUUCCUUUAAUAUAGAUACGCGGGAUAUAAUAUUGCUCAUGAACCUUCACCAGUUGCUAUUAUCUCCAAAUAAAUGUGGUGGAAAACAAUCCAGAAAAUUUAGUGUUGAAGAUUCCUUGGGAGCAUUUGCUAUUUUUGGGAAAUCCAGCGAGGAAAUUGAAGACAAACUCCGCCAUAUAAGUUCAACAAAACAAUUCCUGCAACCUCGUAUUUUAAUUAUCGGUGAUAUACAUAUGAUUAAGGAUAUUUUCGUUUAUGUUGACGGUAUUCGCUUUAAAACAAUGUAUGUAAUUCAUGCUGUAGAUAUAUGCUUUAAAAUCUUUUUCGUUUUCAAUUUAAAAUAUCCGGAAGAAGCUAAUCUUUUCUGGAUAUUUAUUGAGCACUUUUUUUAUAAAUUGAAGCAUUCCAAAGCUAACAUUAAAGUAUCUACAUUGUGUAAUGAAUUAAGUGCAUAAUUAAUUAAAAUUAUUUUUUUCAAUUAAAGCAAUUAUUGCCUUGCAAUAUGAAUUCAAUUUAUAUUAUUUAUUAUAUUUAAUUGUGAAUUAUUUUGUAAUAUUUUUAUUUAAAACUAAAAAAGUAUUAAAAGUUUCAUAAAUAUUAUGAAACUUUCAUAAAAUGUAUGUGGCAAAAAAUUACAAAAAAUAUGUAAUAAAUAUAAAAAUCUUCAUAAAUAUUAUGAAACUUUUCAUAAAAA